CGGGGGGUUGCCAAAAAACACAUCUAGAUUACUUUCACUUUCCGACAGUAAGAUUGGAAGAAGAUAUGCAAAUUCCCACGGAAUUUCAUAUCUUCUUUCAAAUCUUCCCUAUAGUCUAGACGAGCUGUUAGUGUUUACAAAGAGCAAGUAUAGAGGGGUUAAUUCUAGUUAAAAACAUUUGCCAAUGGUUAUCACAGAGUGGUGUCCAAGAUACAAUAGGUUUCUUUGAAACAUAGAGUAGGAAAUGUUUAUUGCAGAGGCGUGAUAUUUGACUUUUAAAUGGUGUGCAUAGUUUAUAUAGAUCUUAACAGUACUGAUAAUCUAAAAAUGGAAGACACAAUCCUGCAUUAAAUAGCUUUGUAAAGGUAUAGUAACAAUGCAAUUGCUCGGAGCUGGGUGUGAAUGUUGGUGUGUAUCAGCUUUGUACAAUAAGUGAAUUUUUAUGUUUCGAAGGAGAGCUAAGGAACUUGGCAAAUAUUGAUUGGGAUGCUUCUUAAACACAGGAGGAAUAAAGGAGCAGGAUGAGCAAUAGGCACGUCAUACUGAAGAAUCAGAGGACAGUGCAGUGUGGGGAGGAAAAUUGUCAGCAUGUGAUCUCAGAAGAAUUCAUGUACUCCCCAGUGCAGACAGAGGAAUCUUAUCCCUCUUCAUCACCAAUAUGGUUUGUGGAAUCAGAUGAUCCAAACCUGACUUCAGUGUUGGAGCGAUUAGAAGAUAUUAAGAAGAGCAAUACUCUGCUUCUUCAACAACUGAAGCGAUUGAUAUGUGACCUCUGCAGAUUAUACAACCUUCCUCAGCAUCCAGAUGUUGAAAUGUUAGAUCAGCCAUUACCAACAGGACAGAAUGGAACAACUGAAGAAGUAACAUCAGAGGAGGAGGAGGAGGAAGAUAUGGGUGAAGACAUUGAAGACCUAGAUCACUAUGACAUGAAGGAGGAAGAACCUAUUGAUGGAAAGAAAUCUGAGGAUGAAGGCAUUGAAAAAGAGAACCUUGCAAUUUUAGAAAAAAUCAGAAAGAAUCAAAGACAAGACCACCUAAAUGGUGCAGUGUCUGGAUCAGUCCAGGCUUCAGAUAGACUUAUGAAAGAGCUCAGGGAUAUAUACAGAUCACAAAGUUACAAAACAGGGAUUUAUUCAGUGGAACUUGUAAAUGACAGCCUGUACGAGUGGCAUGUUAAACUUUUAAAAGUUGAUCCUGACAGCCCAUUACAUAGUGAUCUUCAAGUUUUAAAAGAAAAAGAAGGUGUAGAAUACAUUUUGCUCAACUUCUCAUUUAAGGAUAAUUUUCCUUUUGAUCCACCCUUUGUACGAGUGGUAUCUCCUGUGCUCACGGGAGGGUAUGUCCUGGGUGGGGGUGCAUUAUGCAUGGAACUUCUUACUAAACAGGGCUGGAGUAGUGCCUAUUCAAUAGAAUCGGUCAUCAUGCAGAUCAAUGCCACUUUAGUCAAAGGAAAAGCCAGAGUACAGUUUGGAGCCAAUAAGAACCAAUAUAAUCUAGCAAGAGCACAGCAGUCCUAUAAGUCUCUAGUACAAAUACAUGAGAAAAAUGGAUGGUACACUCCUCCAAAAGAAGAUGGUUAAUAUUGUGGACUAUGGACACCUGGACCAAUGUCAAACAGCUCUUUUUUAUUUCUUUCCAGCACACACACACACACACGCGCACACAGACUCAAGCUAUGAGUGCCCCUAUAACAGCUGUACUGAAGACUUUAGCUAUUAGGUAAAUUAGUGGAUUAUCAUCUGUCAACUGAUAAAUCCAAUAUAAUUUACAGCCUUACCAUUUCACUCUUAUUAGAUAUCUUGGACUGAGCAGUUUUGGCCUUUACUGUAUUUGUCCCUAUGGAUUAAGCAUAUUUGGGCCACUCCCUCUCUUCUCCUUUUUGUUUAAAAGUGCAAAUUUUUUAAAGCUGGUUAUUGAGUUACUAGAAGUUCAUUCAAUAGUAGUCACUCACUAUUUCUUACCUUUUGCAGAAUGUGGACUGCAGAGACUUGCAUUGUAAUGUUUCAUUUAAAGCCAACAAAGUUUAAUACAUUGUUUAAUACUGUUUUAGGAAAUUUCAGGUCUUGUAAAUCACAGUACUUUUUCUGGUCUAAAAUGAAAAUAUUUGUAGUAUUGCCAAAUUAAUGAUAUAGGAAAACAACAUGUAAAGUCAUUAAACUUUUUCAUGACUAUGUGAGGACAUGAACUGUUUCUUGGAAGAGAUGCUCAUAAUUAGAUUGUUGCAUUUUUAAGCAGAACAAGGCUGUGCCAAUAAAACCAUGUAACUAGUCACUUCCACUGGGGCAUCAGAAUCUUGCUGGGCUGUUCCUGCUACUUGUUGGCUCAAGCUACUUAAAAAAAUGGAGCCAGAGUAUGAAGCUUGAAGUUAUUUAAGAUACUAAAAAUCUUUUUAGGUGUUCCAUUUUAUUAACGGGUUGUUGCAAUCAUUUGUAAACUAAUAAACUUAAAAGUGAUUGGCACAAAUCAGAACGAAAAUCCUUGAACAAAAGUUUUUAUAUAAAAGUUACAAUAAAAUACAAAAAAGACAUCACCUGAUUCAGAUUUGUAGAAAUAAUGUUGAAAUAAUGUAGAAAUAAUCAUGAUAGUACUUUUUGUUAUCGAAAGACUAACAGGAACUAUUAUUUCAUUAUUUUGGAAAUGAAUCUGGGUCUGUGUAAUUACUAUAUUUCAUUGCCUUAUCUAAAUCAAUUCUAUUUUGGUUGUAGUAUUAGUGAUUAGACCUUUGUACUGCCAGGGUAUGAUAUAAGGGUGUGUACCAUGGAUUAAGCACUUUUUUUUUUUGCCCAGAAGCAUGUGGGUUUUUUAAGUUACAGCUAUCAGAUUUGUGCUCUUCUUUUCUCUAUCAGACACACAUGAGGCCUUGUGCAUUUGCUUCUAGAUCCAGUUUUUAGCUUGAAAGAACAGAUGAAGGAAUUUGGCACUACUCCUGAUAAGUACUCUUUGUUUCAAAUAGUUUUCUAGGGAGCAUAGUGGAUGACUUGCCAGCCUUUCUGCAUACUUGGUUGUACAUAUAUUCAUAUGCAAUCUUGGUAGCCAGUUGCUCGGACAGCAACCUUAAGAGAGAGGCAGAACACUUUAAGCAUUAAAAGUUCCUUAAAAGCUGAGGCUAAAAUCUUUGAAUACAUUAUUAAAUUCUUUAAUAUUCUAAUGGGCUAGCAGGUUGACAGAUGCACAUUUGGCAUGCUUUGUUUUGAAUUUCAUUUUUCAUUGCAGAAUUAUUUGGCAAUGUACAGUAAUUUGUAAACUUGCAUCAAGUUUAUGAAUAAAGAACCAUUUUAAGAAUUAUUCUGUUUGUGGUUAGUCUUCAAAUAUAGACAGCUUUCUGUUCAUAAACAUACAUGUGUGUGUUCCCAACCAAUGCAAUUCAUAAAAAGGAAAAACUGGUCAACAGGUUAAAAACACUUUGAAUUUCAGGCUCAUGAGCACAGGUGUAAAAUAAUCCUGUGAAAAGCUCCAUUAAGUAUAUAGACUAGGGCAUUCUGCACUAGAUAAUGUUCCUAAAUUGUCUUUAGGUUAAGGAUGUUAAGUAACUACUCGACUAAUUCAUAUGCAGGGG